AUGUCGGCUACUCCGGAAAAAAUCCCCCUCGAAGAGAAGCAACAGCAAGCGGGCGGUAAUCAGCUGUAUCCGUCGGUCGGACAGGAUGCGAACAAUCCGCUGCUGCCACCGGGUUCACCGGGGUAUCCAUCGGCACCAGCGAACGCAGGACCUCCAGCACCGCCCGGAUACAUGGCGGUGCCGCAGACGAACGGUAUGAGUCCUCCGAUCAUGAUGCAGCCGGGACCCGGCAUGGUCAUGCAACCGGUGCUUGGCCAGCAGCAAGUCACUGGAUGGAUGCCUAUUCCGCAAGGCAUACCCAACUGUCCGCCCGGCUUGGAAUACCUGACUGCUGUUGAUCAGCUGCUCGUGCACCAGCAGGUGGAGCUGCUGGAGGCGUUCACCGGCUUCGAGACGGCGAACAAGUACGAGAUCAAGAACACACUCGGCCAGAAGGUGUACUGGGCCUUGGAGGACACCGGCUGCUGCAACCGGAUGUGCUGUGGUACGGCCCGCGCCUUCGACAUUAAGGUGCUGGAUAACUUCCAGAACGAGGUGCUGCACUUCCGGCGCGAUCUCCGCUGUCAGUCCUGCUGCUUCCCGUGCUGCCUGCAGAAGCUGGAGGUAUCGGCGCCGCCCGGUACGGUCAUCGGUACGGUCGAGCAGAAGUGGACUCUGCUGCGCCCGGAGUUCAACAUUAAGGAUCAGCACGGUCAGACGGUGCUGAUCAUUCGCGGUCCGUGCUGCCAGUGUUCCCUGUGUGGGGAUGUCAAAUUUGUUGUGCUCUCCAAGGAUGGCACGGAGGUCGGUAAAGUGACCAAGCAGUGGACCGGAUUCGUGCAGGAACACUUUACCGAUGCGGACAACUUCGGUAUCAACUUCCCGAUGGAUCUGGACGUCAGAGUGAAGGCUACCAUGUUGGGCGCGCUGUUUUUAAUUGAUUACAUGUUCUUCGAGAGCAACGAUAAGAAGAAAUUGCCCCGCCGUGGCCUUCUGUAAGCAGACGGACACGCUUGAGAGCAGCUUGAGAAGACGCUAUCAGCUGAUGCUUUGUCGUUCAUACCAUACCACAUGGGAGUUUCUAUAUAUGUCGAUUAUCAUACUCGAUGACCAGUUCAGAAUCUUAAAGUUUCUCCAAUUAAUAAGGGAUCGUCAAACGUCGCGGAAGUGAAUUGUCAGGACAAACAAGUGACGAAACGGAGUUGCAUUUACUACUCAGGAUACAAGUGCCGCAACAAAUUUACAAAUUGUGAAUUUAAACUAUGACGAAUGUUUCAGCUUUGGACAAGUUUACAAGUGCUUCUACUAGCUACUAUUGAUGUUUAGGAGGUCGAGAAAUUCGGAUUUAAAGUGCAUGAAACUAUAUUCAAACUUUGUUUACUCUGAGGGCAUAUUUUGAUUUAUAAUUACUUUUGAAACGCUAACCUUGUGCACUAUUAGUUAAGAUGUACGUCUAUGAUGGUUAAAAACCAUUCACUCGAUCUAUUUCAAAGAUGCAUACACAUCUAUUUUUGUUAGCGUAAGUGAGCGGAGAAGACGUGGAAUACUCAAUCAAUGUUUAGGUUGCCAUACGAAAAGCUUCGAACUUGGUUUUAAUUCAAAAUUUUACAGAUAAACUAUAGUGAUAAACAAAUAGAAAUUGAAAUUUGCAAGAAAUAUUUACAAUGGAACAAAAAUCUGGAAACUGCCAAAAUGAUUUAAUAAGAAAGAAGAAGAACGGUUAUCUACCUACCGGAAAUACGCCACAAAAUAUUGACCGAUUUCAAUGUCACGCAGAAAACAUUGUAUCGCUAAGCUGCCGUAUUUUUUGAAAAUAUAUAAA